ACAGGACACCCAAUGCUACCACGAUGCCUUCCAAAACAUACAGGGGGACCGUUGGAGUAUUGUGUGCACACACAUGUAUAUUUCCGCUGUAGGCGUUGCCGCCUCUGCGGCACUCACAACUGAACAACUGAGGUGGUAUGAAAUGGCGGACGAGGCUUUUCCUCAUGUGUCAUUGGCCUUGCACCCGGGUCAUCAGGCUAAAGAUUUAGGUCCGAUGGUCAAACGCCUUCAGAACAGCACAGACUGGCAGUCCACUGGGUUGCCUAAUGUGCUUUAUUCCCCUAGUGGGGAAGGUUACGCAAUUUCAAUUAAAACAGUUAACCAGUCUGUGCUCCAACACUCGCAGGUGACUCGACACCAUGGACGCGAGCUUGAAGACCACCCAUUGACUGAGGAGUUGAUCGGAGUUCUUCCAGACUCCUUAUGGUCUAGCAGCCCUACGGAUGUUGGCUCCGUCUCUUGUCCAGAUAUUGAAUUUGAUCUGACGGAUGGCAACCCCUUAUGGGUUCCCCAAUACCCUCACAAACCAGCCGCGGUUGAGGGAAUUGCAGACACUAUACAUGGCUUAUUAGAGGCGGGGGUGUUAGAACUGUCCUCCUCCAAGUGGAAUACCCCCAUUCUUCCUGUGGAGAAGAAAGGCACGGGUAAAUGGCGCAUGGCACAUGAUUUGCGGCGAAUUAAUGCGAGACUGGUUACUAAAACCAUACCGGUCCCAAACCCGUACACAGCUUUGUCUACCUUGACCCCGGACCAGAGCUGGUUUACGUGUAUAGACUUGGCGAAUGCAUUUUUCUGUCUCCCUCUACAUCCCCGCUGUCGCGACAUUUUCUCAUUCAUGUAUAAGGGUUGUCAGUACCGCUACACUCGAGUCCCACAAGGGUUUGCCUUGUCUCCCGGACUCUUUAAUGGCGUACUUAAGGAGGUCUUGGCGGAUUGUCCGCUGCCAUCAGGCACCACUUUGAUCCAAUACGUCGAUGACCUCUUGCUUGCCUCACCCACAGCGGAAGACUGCUUAACAGCAACACGGGCGGUGCUGGAAAUUUUGGCCCGUGCCGGAUUUAAGGUCUCCAAAGCAAAAUUACAAUGUGCUAGAAAACAGGUUUCAUUCCUCGGGAGAUUGGUGUCCCAAAAGGGGGUGCACAUCUCUCCAGAGCAUCGCUCCUCCAUCCUCCACCACCCCAAACCCCUGACUGUAAAGGACAUGUUGUCCUUUUUAGGCCUGACGGGGUACAGUCGGACGUACAUACCUGACUAUACCUCCACCACCCAACCAUUACGCGACAUGGUAAAACAAUUAGGCAUGAGGAACCUAAUGGCGCAAUUAGAGUGGACCGAGGCUGCAGAAAGAGCGUUUAUUCUGUUGAAACAAUCGCUAUCGUCGGCAGCAGACCUCUCCACCCCGGAUUACUCGUCUCCGUUUUAUCUGGAUGUUUCUGUAACAGGAUCGUCAGCGAACGGUGUCCUGUUCCAGAAAAAAGGGGGAGUGCGGUUUGUAAUCAUGUAUGUCAGUGUCCUUCUGGACAACAUGGAAACACGACACCCUACAUGCACACAGCAUGUAGCAGCUAUGGCGAAAUUGAUCGAGAAAACGGCCCACAUCGUGAUGGGACACACACUGAUAGUUCUAACAACACACAGUGUGGUGGCGUAUGUAACAUCAGCGUUGUUCACAAUGACUCCAUUAAGACAAAGAAGGUUGUGUAAAGUGCUGGAAGCACCAAAUAUUUCAUAUACACACGAAGGAAUAAACAUGGCAGAUCAUAUCACACAGGGAGAACCACACAAGUGCAUGGAAAGAAUCGUUAGAGAAGACAAAGUCAGGGAAGACUUAGCGGCGACACCGUUUGACGAAGCAGUCAAUUUGUUUGUAGAUGGAUGCUGUUUUAAACACUGGGACGAAGGGUUACAAUCAGCAUACGCGGUUGUGAAAGAGGAAGACGGAACAUGGGAAACAGUAGAAGCUAGCAGGAUUGAAGGCGCUCAAUCGGCCCAGAGAGCAGAAGUGUUGGCUAUAAUAGCAGCUUUGAGAUGGGGAACGGAUCAGAGAAUCAACAUUUACUCAGAUUCUGCAUAUGCAGUAGGGGCGGCACAAGUUGAACUAGGAAGAUGGGAAAGAGCGGGAUUUCGAACAGCAGACAACAGGCCAAUCAAAUAUGAGAAAGAAAUGAGGGACUUGGCACUAGCGCUGCAUUUGCCAGCACAAGUGGCGAUCAUAAAAUGCAAAGGACAUGACAAAAGCGCAGGCAAAGUGGCACUGGGAAAUCAGAAAGCGGAUGAAGCAGCUAAGACAGCAGCGGGGUAUAUACCCACACAAAUGAUAGUGCAGGCAGAAACAGAUAGAUAUGAAUGGGGCCAGGAACAACUGAAAAUCAUGCAAGAAAAAGCGUCCCCGCAGGAAAAAACGUUGUGGGUAAACCGAGGUGGGAAAGAUCAUGAAGGCAUUUGGAGAGCGCCCGAUGGGAGAGUAAUCCUCCCCCCAGGCAUUCGACAACAACUUUUGGAACAAGCACACGGAGUUGGUCAUGUGGGAGUUGCACAGAUGAUGAGAAAUCUAGGACAAUGGUGGCAUCCUUAUCUUAAGGACAUGGCCCAACACGUAAUCCAGUACUGUGAACAAUGCAGGGAUUUUAAUCCAAAACGAACGGUCCAUCCAGAGGCAGGAAAAUUUCCCCUAGACACGCAGCCCGGGAGAGAAAUCAUAAUCGAUUACACCGACAUGAUUGACAGGGUACAGGGGUAUCGAUAUCUGUUGGUUUGUGUGGAUGCAUUUACAGGAUGGCCAGAGGCCAUACCCACUCGCAAAGAAGACAGCAAAUCAGUCAUUAAAUUUCUGAUUAACCAUUAUAUACCCAGACACGGGUUUCCACAAAAAGUAAGGUCAGAUAAUGGGACCCACUUCAAAAACAAGGACCUGGAAGAGGUGGAGAGCAUGCUGGGUUUGAAACACAAGUUCGGGACAGUAUAUCACCCGCAAUCCCAAGGUAAAGUCGAGAGGAUGAACGCGAAUAUUAAGACAAAAUUGGCAAAAAUCUGUGCACAGACCAAAAUGACAUGGGUGGAUGCGCUGCCCUUGGCCUUGAUGGCUAUACGGAGCUCGGUGAACACGGGCCACGGACUGACCCCGUAUGAACUACAGACCGGACGACUGUUUCCAGGGCCGCAGAAUGCGCCCUACUUGAUGGAUACCGACAAAUAUAAACUUGGUCAGAAAGCUUAUUUUGCCGAACUGCAAAGUUUGGUAUCUGCUUACUCCAAACAGGUCGGGGACUCCACGGACAGGCGGACACCAACCCCACAGACAGAGUGGGUUCUCCUAAGAGUCAUCAAGAGAAAGUGGUCGGAGCCAAGGUGGACAGGACCCCACCGCAUCACGGAACGGACCUCCCACGCCGUUCGACUCCACGGGAAGGGUGACACGUGGUAUCACUGGUCGCAGUGUGCACCGACCGACCCACCUCAAAGAUCAGUACCCCAGAUCCGGCUGGAUCUGGCACAGCUGCGGACGUCAGACCUGAGCCCUCAGCAAGGGGCAGAAUAAUCCCCUGGGCAGGUCCAAC